UGUGGCUACUUGUGUGUCCAUGUAUGGUGUUGAUAGGUGGGGGAGGAGAACGCUUUUCCUUGUAGGUGGAGUGCAGAUGAUAAUAAGCCAGAUUGUAGUUGCAGCUGCAAUUUGGGCGAAAUUUGGAACUGAUGGUAGUCCGGGUGAUUUACCACAGUGGUAUGCCAUUCUAGUUGUGUUCUUUUUAUGCAUUUAUAUAGCUGGUUUUGCUUGGUCAUGGGGUCCACUUGGAUGGUUGGUGCCGAGUGAGAUAUUCCCAUCGGAGAUUCGCUCAGCUGGUCAAAGUGUCACGGUGUCGUGCAAUAUGUUUUUCACAUUCGUUGUGGCACAAUGUUUCUUGACCAUGCUCUGCCAUAUGAAGUUUGGAUUGUUCAUAUUCUUUGCUGCCUUUGUUGUGGCUAUGACAAUCUUUGUAUACUUCAUGCUGCCAGAAACUAAAGGAAUUUCUAUUGAUGAGAUGGGCAGUGUUUGGAGAUCUCACUCUUAUUGGUCUAGAUUUGUAGAACAUAAUGAUGAUAAUGAUGUUGAGAUGGACCAGCAAAUACCACCAGUUCAUACUCAUUAGUCUAGAUUUUAGUUUAUUUUAUUUUGUUAAGAAAUUAGUUUUCUUUUUAUUUUCUACUGUUGUACAAAAAUGACACUAUGAUCAAGUUUUAUAUAUUUUUAAUGUCAAAUUUAUUUUGUAUCA